AUGGCGCUACUCAACCCCGUCUACGCCUUUAUCGUCCCCUUUCUCUUCGUCGUCACUGUCCCUCUCGCCGUUUUCGCCGGCAUCACCACCACCGUCGCCUUCUCCGUCCUCAUCCUCCGUGUCCUCGCCGUCUACCUCGAUGUCGCCAUCUCCCUGAUCCCUCACUACCUAGGCGGCCACAAGCCCCGUCCCUACCACCCUCAUCCUCCGCGGCUCGAGGCUCUCAACGCCAUCACUACCCAUUUCUCCUCCUCGUCCAACUCCACGGCUUCCAAUACGCCUCUGCGCCGUCGACGUCGCCGCCGCAGCUCUAGUGCCAUAUCCGGUACUUCCCUCACACCGGCCGCCAGCGAGACUGCCCUCGGCCUCCUUCCCAGCAUCGGCCCGGAACGCGACUUUGAGGGUGUGGGCGGGUGGCGAGUCGCUGACGAUGAUGGGUGGACAACCAUCAAUUCACGACUUGAACUACCAGACAAACACCAUGCCCGCAGCAGCCACCGCCCUCCAUCAGGUCCAACUACUCCCGGCGAAGGCCCAUGCCUCAUGAUGAAAAGCCGUGCCCCUAGCCCAGAGACCAAGCGCACCUCGGCAUCCCCCAAUAGCUCCCGGACGCGGACCCCCUCGGGACCACGAAUUGCCUUUGCCACCAAGCCCCUCGUCGACAGCUACUUUCCUAUGCUCACAGCUUCACCCAAGACCUCCAAGAAACCGGGUCAAGGAAUGGUGGAGAUUUAG